AACCUCUAUAAAAAACCCACUCACACUUCUCCUUCUGUCCAUCUUCAAGCUCACACACUCUACUAACUAAGUACUAUUUUCAUUUUCAUCCUUUUUCCUUCAUAUUUUUUCCAAACAUGUCCGGUGUUUGGGUAUUCAAGAAUGGAGUUGUCCGGCUAGUGGAGAACCCCGGCCACUGCCACGGUGCAACCGGUCGCCGGAAAAUGCUAGUACAUCUUUCUAGUAAUGAAGUAAUUACAUCAUAUGCAGUGCUUGAAAGGAAGUUGUAUUCUCUUGGAUGGGAAAGGUACUAUGAUGAUCCUGACCUUCUUCAGUACCACAAAAGAUCCACUGUUCAUCUUAUUUCUCUCCCUAAGGAUUUCAACAGGUUCAAGUCCAUGCACAUGUAUGAUAUUGUUGUUAAGAAUCGCAAUGAGUUUGAAGUUAGGGACAUGUAAUAAUCAAUUUGAGAUUUCCUCAAAUUAAUGUUUGUUUGAUUGAUUAGGUUGUUUCUUUUUUUAACUUAAUCUUUGCUUUGUGUAUUUAGGUUAAAGGAGUGUUUUAGUUUCUUUAGGGUGAGGAAGCUAACUUGUUAAGUGGUGUUAUUUGUUUGUAACUUUGAUGUUAAAUCGUGUGUAAGAGUGAAGUAAAAAAAAUAAAAUUAUGACAAUGAAAACUUGGUGUGGUUUGUAAGAA